GAAGCAUAGGCACAGGCAUAAAAUCACCAGCAAGUAUACUUUUUGUCAAACAAGAUCUAGUCCGAUCUGAGAGUUAUGUGCAUUUUUUAACAUUAUAUGAUAGAGAAUUCAUAAACUUCUAUUAUACUGACUUUUAGUUUGCAAUCUGUUUUCUUCCAUGUUUUUAAGAAGAGUGUGUAUUUGUUCACAGGCCAAGUUUGAAAGCGGAACAACUAAAUAGGCCAGAGUAUUUCAAAUAUUUUGAUCAUUCUCAGAAAAGGGACUCAUGAUACAUUGCUGGCAUGAGAAUUCACAUUCUUUGUAUGUCUGUCUAUUGCGCAUUAUUGUGGGAGAAUUAAGGAGGAAAAAUAACCAUCUUUAUGGUAAAUAGGUUCAAUGAAAAAAGACAAAAAACCCGUAAAGGACUGAGAUCAUCACAUUGAUACACACCCAGAAGCUGCUGAGUUUCCCUGUUUGCUAAGGAAAGAACACACAUGGCAUACUCUGAGGGCAGACCUGCCUCACUGCCCAUCCCGGCUGGUCUUCAUUCCUGUGUGUGAUGACACUGUGGUCACUUGGAGAGAUUAAGUUGCGGCCAUUCCAAAGCCAGUGGCACUAGUGUUAAAGAACGGCCUGCCAGUGCAGAAGACGAAAGAGACUCAGGUUCUGUCCUUGGGUGGAGAAGAUCCCCUGCGGCAGGGAAUCGCAGUCCACUACAGUAUUUUCGCCUAGAAAGUCCCUUGGACAGAGAGAGCCUGGCAGGCUACAGUCCAUGGGGUCACAGAGUCAGACACCUGAGCACAAAUACAGAGCUUUCAUAGACGGGAGGAGGGCGCUACCCGCAGAAACAGCACAGACACCUCUGGCAGGCAUCUGCAGGGGGGCCGUCGGUGGUCUCACCAGCGCCGUUCGGCUGUCUAAGUGCAGUCAGUCUUCAGUUCCAGGAUCGGUUUGCUCCCGUCUCCUGGAGGCCAGUCCUCAGACUGUGGCAGCCUGCGUCGUGGCUACAGCCUGGUCGUCAUGCAUUAACUUCUCCACCUCGUGGGGGUUUCCGUUUCUGCAAAAGAGCUCACGGGACAGGCUCACAGUUUUACCUAUGGCCCUGGAGGAGGAACUAUUAAAGGUCCUUGACUUAAUGACUGAACUGUCUUUAUUUUGUCUUGCUGGGCUGCUUUCUGUGGUUCGGCAUUUUCUCACUUCUCUGAUUAAGCUCAUUGUUUGGCUACAGUUUCUCUACAGAAGAAAGGCAGGCAGAGGAUGUGGGGGUGGGGGGAGGACCACAGUGUCCUUCCGAUGACUUUUUAAAUAAAUGAGCAGUCUGUUAUGCAGAUGGCCCUCGACCUCUCGAGCUUACCACGUGGUAACGGGUCUCCGCUGCUGCUCUGUCUCGCCACAGCUGUGUCCUGUGGGAACCCGGGGACGCCCACCCACGGCAAGAUCAUCAGCAGCGAUGGCGUGGUGUUCUCCAGCUCGGUGGUCUACGCCUGCUGGGAUGGCUACAGGACCUCAGGGCUGACCACUCGCCACUGUACCGCCAACGGGACCUGGACCGGCACGGCCCCCGACUGCACACUCAUCAGCUGUGGAGACCCAGGGACUCUGGCUAACGGCAUUCAGUUCGGGACAGAUUUCACCUUCAACAAGACUGUCAGCUACCAGUGCAACCCUGGCUACACUAUGGAGCCUGCCACGUCCCCCACCAUCCGCUGCACCAAGGACAGUACCUGGAAUCACAGCAAACCGACCUGCAAAGGCGAGUCUCGGGGCUUCUCUUGUGCGUCACUCACAUGUGGAGAGUCUUUAUUGAGUUAACAUUUUACAUCAGUUUGCAAGCAUCCGUGUAGACCUUCUAUGUGCUCAGCAUUCCUGUAAACUCAUUCGCAAAUAUUAAGUCACUUCCUUUCUUACUACCUUAAUCUUGGUUUUACAGCCCGGAGACUGACUCACAGAGAGCUGCAGUAAAUUCUCAAGGUCGCAGGUGGUGUCUUGGAGACAUCGGGCUUCAGGGACAACUCUGGAGCCUGUGCUGUGAACCCAGCUCUGCUGUCUCGGUGUGCGUGGCUGUGUUGAGUCUGUGGCCGUCAUCACGGGGUUGGGGAGGCGGGUCAGAGCCGAUCAUCAGAUAGGGCAGAACAGUGGCAGAGCCCGCCAGUGUCCAGAUGCCUGGUGGGCCUUGAUCGCUGAUACUAAGGAAGCCCCACCAUGAGGAGGGAGUACAGGGAGGUUUCCUACUUGGCCAGUGGACUUUCCAGGGAGAGAGCAAGCAGGCGGAAGGGGUCUGGGGGAAGUAGGGGGGCUGGCGGACCGCUGAUGCAGGGCUGAUCUGCAGGGUGAGCGUCUCCACCAGCUCCAGAGGGAGCUGCAGGCCUUCUCGGCUGGGCGGGAGGGGCAGGGGCAGGAGAGGACGUGGAGGCCAGCAGUGACCACACAGGAGAAACGGGCGCCUUAUCGUCGUUAGACGAGGGACGGGGGAGAGCUGCGAGCUGGAGUAGCAGGAAACCUCAGGAGGAAGGUGCGUCCUGUUGAGUCUUGUGAGGUCAGAGGAGGCCCCAUCCCGAGGGCCGUUUACCCCCUUCCGGCCUGGGCGGUUUGGGCACAUCCUGGUUUCCUCCCAUCAGAGGGUGAGGAGCCCUGUCUCAUGUCCUUCUUUCCAGCUGCGGUUAUUAUCGCUGUGCAGCUCUGUGGCAGGUGCUAAGAGGGUGUUUAACGCAGCUCACACUGUCCUGGUGGGAGCAUUCUAGUCCAGUGAGUGUGUCCGUGGCGCUUACCCCUAGAACGUCUGAUCUCUGGGCUUCAGAUACAUUUGUGUCGAUCUUGUCCCUCUGGUUAGUGUCUGUUGGAUUGACAAGCCUUCCACAGCCAGCCAGGCCCUCACGGAGGAGACCUCUCUCUCCUCCCGCUGGCCACCCUGUCCACUCCUCCCUGGAGCCACGUCACUCAUCACUGUUCCCACCUGGGGGCCUUGUCACCUGGUGUCGACCUGUCUAUAGACUGUUCCCCUAGUCUUCACUUAGGGGUUCUGCAGAAAUCUUUGUUGAUUAAGUGGAUAGAUGGAGAGAAGGUGAAUGGCAAGAGGAGGGCCCGUUUCCAGCCUCCAGAUGUGCACGUGUGGUUGUGUCUGUGUCUUUCUCAUGUGAGAAAGUGUGAGCACCUGUGAGAAAGUGUGAGCACCUGUGAGAAAGUGCAGGUGAGGAAAUACAGCUGAGUCUCCUCUCCCAUCGCCUUCCGUGCCCAGACUGUCAGCGACAAACCUCCUCCAGUGUGAAGUCUCGGAGCUCUUGGGUCUUCAGGGAGCUCUUAGACCAGGCGUCAGAAUAAUGGCUGGAGUGGGCCAGGCAGACGCCAGCACCAGUGGGCAAGUGACUCCUGGGAAGAGUGCUCUCCCUCGAAGCCCCUGGAUGUGACAGAACCCUGGCAAAGUGGUUUCCUACAGGGUCUUCUCUAACCACCCAAGUGUUAGUGCUCAAUUCUUCAGCAAGUGCAUCAGCAGCCUGUGUAUGUCUUUUGGAAACUAUAUGCUGCUGCUGCUACUGCUGCUGCUAAGUCGCUUCAGUCGUG